AUGGUUGCAAAAGAUGAGAAUAUUGGUAAGCAGUUGGACCAAAAUGAUGUUGAUAAAAAGGGAUCAAGCAUCGAGAUUGGCUCAGAUCCGUCAGCUCCGAUAACUCGCCGAGGUGAAUUACUUGGACACAAACCACUCUUGCCAGGAAGAUCGGAGAUAGCGCAAUUAGAAUUGAUAGUCGAUUUACUCGGUACACCGAGCGAGGCCAUUUGGCCAGAAUUCAACUCACUGCCAGCUUUACAAAACUUUACACUCAAGCAGCAACCGUACAAUAAUCUGAAGCAAAGAUUUCCUUGGCUCAGCGCAGCUGGUCUCAGGUUAUUGAACUUUCUUUUCAUGUACGACCCCAAGAAACGCGCUACUGCUGAAGAGUGCUUGCAAAGUAGUUACUUUAAAGAAGCUCCUCUGCCUUGUGAUCCAAAAUUGAUGCCGACAUUUCCUCAGCACAGAAACAUGAAGAAAUCGAGUCAACCUAGAGAUGUUCGUGAACCAGAACCUCCUGUCAGCGAUCAGACUAAUAAUUUACCAGCUAUAUCUGAUUUAUUAGGAUCAUUGGUAAAGAAGAGACGCGUAGAAUAA